CACGUGAUCCGGGUACAAAACGCCUCGAAACUCGGCGAGGAUGGCUAGCUAUGCCUUCAAAACACACCAAAAAUCACUCACGGGUCCAUAUCUACCUAUACAUAUGCCCAAAAGUUCCAUACGUCCCUGCAAUUCUCGACACGAGAAACCGCUCAUACGCGAUUUCACAAUUUUCGUGUCAUCAUAUUCUUCUUCUUCUUCUUCUUCUUCUUUAGACCCGAUUUCUCCUUACCGGAACAAGUUCAAGCGCUGAUUUUCCCAUUAAACGUACCCCGCUAUGGUGGAGGUGUGCAUCGUCGUCAAGCGAUGUUCGUUUUCUUGCUGCCAAUCGGUACGGAAGAUCUAGCGUACAAUAUUGCUCACAGAAAACGACGCCAUUUUCACGGUCGAUUCAGACCCCACCCACUCCCGGCGCCUUGCGCGCGACGCGGGAUAAAAGACCGCGUGGUUGCCGCUCCGCUCGCUCUCGUCCGUUGAGCUCCGUCUGGCCGAGUUUUGUCUCCACGUUUGGCCCGUUUCUGCCGAGUCUGGUUACGAUCAGUUUUUUUGUCUGUCCUUGUUCCACACGUCGACACUUGGUGUCAGUCUCUUUCGCUCUGCUAAUUGAACUUCGUGUACCGCGCUGAUUUCACAAGUUAAUGCGUUACAUCGGCACCCCGUCCGGUGUUUUUGUACUGGCCCAUGCUACUACUACCUUCGACUGGAGUUGGGGCCACAGCUACUCAUUUCGUUUUCAAUCUCUUUAUUUCGAGGUGCUACACGACAUUCCUUCGUGCCUGGGUGUACCCACUGGCCCUGAGGCACUCUUCUGUAGUUCGUGGUGCACUGGUCCGGAGUCGCAAACCGUCUCAACUGCAUUACUGUCGUUGUUAAUACCUGUUCCCACUCUGUCCAUGACUUUUCCACCUCGCCCUCGACUGCCCUGUAGCUGCAACUGAAUCGUUGAUACUGAAACACCACACCCGCUUUUUUCAUUCUUUCGUCUGAGAUCUUGUGCCCUCCACUGCCCUCUACCACAGGUUUGCUGAUAGUUGUCACUGCACCCAAGACAACAACCAAGACGACAACACCUGGGCUUCCUUUCAGAUAAGUUCAAUUUUGCUGCUGGGAAAAUGCCUUACCGCUCCCCAAGAAAAAAGAGGGCAUGUGCCAAGAGAUAUUAUGUGCUGGAUUCUGAGGAAAUAAAAGCUAGAGGUAGAUCCCUUUAUUUGUCAGACCCUGAUAAGAUAAAGGCAGUGGCUAGGACCUCCUAUCAUGCUGAUCCUAAAAAGAAAAAGGCAGCUGUUAGGGCCUCAUAUUGUGCUGAUCCUGAUAAAAAGAAGGCUGUUGUUAGGGCCCUAUAUUGUGCUGAUUCUGAUAAGAAAAAGGCAGCAUCUAGGGCCUUGUAUAAUUUGCACCCUUUGAAGAAAAUUUGGCUCAUAUAAAGAAAAUGCAGAAAAACGAAAAGCUGCUGCAAAAGCCCGCUAUGAUGCAAACCCUGCAAAAAAGCGUGCAGCUACCCAGGCAGCGUAUAAAGCUAACCCUGAAAGAAUGAAGGCAUUGUUUCGGGAGUAUCAUGCCUCACACCAUAGCACCAGGCUAAGAUAUUUCAAGAAGUAUCACUGCUAUGCCAAAAGAGAGAGAGUAAAGAAAGCUAGAUACACUUUGGCGCAGCCUAACCAACUGGCAAUUGAAAGGUGUUACAAGUAAAGAAAAAAUUCUGCGAAUU